UCCCAACGAAUUUUAUAAGGUAAGGUGUGGGUACACCAUUUGAAUAUGUAAUAUUCAAAAUAACAUCACGUGAUCUCGAUUAGGCUUGCGUAUUGAUAAAGUAAACAGUGUGUUGAAAGUGUUUGCAAGUGGUGUAUCUGGAAGCUUAGAGAGAUAGUUCGAUAGAUUUUGUUCGGAGUCGAUAUAAUAUAGUGAUAAAAAGUAUUAGCUGCUGCCUGAACAAACGGUUUCCUGAUAACAGUAUAUUGGUGGCUUUAGCAGUGCGUAUCAGAGAGCUGGUCGGACAAUAAUAUGGCCCCACCGGGUAUAGCUAGCUCUUCCAAUUCGCAGAAUCGACCUGAAAAUGGGUAUACAAGAAACUGCGAAAAGAAAAAUAUGGAUAUCAAAAUUUUAGAUGGUGGAUUUGCAACCCAAUUGAGCUGUCACACGAGUAAACCUAUAGAUGGUGAUGUUCUUUGGAGUGCUAGGUUUUUGUCAACUGAUAAGGAAGCUGUGAUAAAUGCUCAUCUUGAUUUUCUCAGAGCUGGUGCUGAUGUUAUAAUGACCAACACAUAUCAAGCUAGCAUAGGAGGAUUCGUAGAGCAUCUAAAAUUAUCAGAAGAAGAAAGCUACGACUUAAUAGUUGAAUCUGUUCGUUUAGCCAAGAUUGCCGUGGAAAGAUUUCAACAAGAAUUCAACUCAGACAAAAAGCCAUUGAUUGUGGGUUCUGUUGGUCCUUACGGAGCCUCGUUGCAUGAUGGAUCUGAAUACUCUGGUUCUUACGCAGCAACAACUCCAGUAGAAACAAUGAAGAAGUGGCACCUGCCAAGAAUAAAGGCACUACUUGAAGGUGGCGUAGAUUUAUUAGGCAUGGAAACUAUUCCUUGUAAGUUAGAAGCAGAAAUGUUGGUGAAACUUUUGAAGACUGAUUUCCCACAAACGAAGGCUUGGCUCACAUUUAGUGUACGACCAGAUGGAAAAUCGAUAGCUUAUGGUGACAAUUUCCAACAAACUGUUAGAAGUUGUUAUGAUCUCAACAGAAAUCAAUUGGUUGCCGUGGGUUUGAAUUGUGUGGCUCCCAGAUUGGUGGAGAAGUUCAUUUCCGGCAUCAACAAGGGUAGGGAAAGUGACCCAGUGCCGCUCAUUGUAUAUCCCAACAGCGGAGAAAGCUAUAAAGUUGAUUUGGGAUGGAUCGAUAGAGACAAGUGUGAACCAGUGGAGGUUUAUGUUCCAAAAUGGUUAGACUUAGGUGUUACUUGGGUUGGAGGUUGUUGUAGAACCUAUGCUGUGGAUGUUACUAGAAUUCAUAAUGAAGUUCAGAAGUGGAAGUGUAAACAAAGUGAAUUAAAUUGUUCUUCCUCACAGUAGCACAAAAACUAAUACCCCAAAUUAUACAAUAAAAAGUACAAAUCCUUCUUCCUAACUUUGAAAGUGAAACAAAAAGAAGCUAGUCUUACCACAGAAUGGAAUAUCAAACAAAUGUAUUUCUAAUUGUAUAAAUAUUUUGUUAAAUAUAUCAGUCGUUUCAAUCAUUA